AUGUCCGAUAACUGCACCACAGAAUAUGUCCUCUUAAUCGAACCGUUAGAAGAAAAUACCUUCGCAGUAACCAGCGCGAACAUUUCAGAACUCUCUUAUUCUCUCGUUGUUUUUCAUUCCUUCUUUGAAUCUCUCUCUCUCUCUCUCUUUCUUUCUCUCUCUUUCUUUCUCUACUACUCUUUCUCUCGCUUUUAUUCAUUGUUUCUCUAUCUUUAUUCCAUGAAUUUUGCUUCAGCUCAUUUAAAAACUUUUUCACUUCUUUUUUUCUUUCUUUCUUUCGAUCCUUUUUUUUUUCUUUUAAUCUUUCUUUGUUAUGAUUCUUCCUCUCUUUCUUUCUAUUUUAUUUUAUUUUAUUUCAUCAAUUUGUUCUUUUCUUUCUUUCCUUUUUUUUCUUUCUUCCGUCCCUUUCAUUUCUUUCUUUUCUUCUUUCUUUCUUUCUUUCUUUCUUUCUUUCUUUCUUUCUUUCUUUCAUUCAUUCUUCAUCUAUCUUUGGACACUUUGCAUUGUGAUAUCUUUUUUUUUUUUCUGUUGCCCACACAGACACAACCAUUCAUUGAAUUCCACUACAGAUUUUUUUUUCACAGCUUCUUUUUCACCUUCUAG